GCCAGCUAAUGUCCCAUACGGAUUAAAGAUGGCGCCCUCUCAUGCACUGAGGUGCUGUAAACGGGCUCUAAACUGGGUACCUGUCCUGUUUAUCAACCUGGUUGUCGGUUGGUCUUAUUACGCUUAUGUUGUGGAGCUUUGUGUUUAUACGAUCCCAGGUAAUGCAGAACGAAUCAGUUAUUUGGUCAUCUUUCACAUUGUCCUCGGCAUGUUUAUAUGGUCCUACUGGAAAACUAUCGGGUCCAAACCAACCGGCCCCUCGAAUGCGUUCGGUCUUCCCAGAGCAGAGAAGGAACUCUAUGAGAGAGAGGAGCGAGCUGAGAUGCAACAGGAGAUUCUGAAGAAAGUGGCGAGGAAUCUACCUGUGUAUACACGCACCGCAGGAGGAGCCAUCAGAUACUGCGACCACUGCCAAGUAGUCAAACCCGACCGCUGCCAUCACUGCUCCACCUGUGAGAUGUGUGUGUUGAAAAUGGACCAUCACUGCCCCUGGGUGAAUAACUGUGUUGGAUUCUCAAACUACAAGUACUUUGUCUUGUUCUUGGCCUAUGCUUCACUCUACUGUGCAGUCAUUUGUGCCACAGUCAUCCAGUAUUUCAUCAAAUUCUGGACUAAACAACUGGCUGACACGCACGCCAAAUUCCACAUCUUGUUUCUGUUUUUCGUGGCGGCCCUGUUCUUUAUCAGCAUCCUGUCACUUCUCAGCUACCAUCUGUGGCUUGUGGGAAAGAACAGGACCACUAUAGAGGCGUUUAGAGCUCCUGUGUUCACAAAUGGUCCAGAUAAAAACGGGUUUUCGCUGGGCUUUAGCCGAAAUGUAGCUGAGGUGUUUGGAGACCAAGGGAAGUACUGGUUGUUUCCUGUUUUUUCAAGUCUGGGAGACGGGCAUUCCUUUGUUACCAGAUUGGUACACAUAGAUCCUGAACAAGCAAACAGUGUCCUCCAGCAGAAUGGCAAAAGCCUUGCUGAUGGGGAGGCCAACCCUUGUGAGCUUGGUAACAGUAUACAACACACAACGGAAGACAGUAAAGACAAAACUGAAGGAGGCCAGACAGUUUCUGUGACAGUGGAGAGUGAGCCAUAGCAGGUCGCAGGCACAUCAGUAAACUAUGAUGCCUUAAACCAGGAGCAUCAGCGCCGCCACAGGAGCCGUCCUCCACCCUCAUUUUGAGUUCAACAGUGCAGCCUCAAGCUACAUGUUUUGUACAUACAUCAAAUGGACCAUAACUUCAUCCGGUGUGCUUUAAACCAGCACCCCAACAAUACUGUUAUCACGUGACAGUGACUGUACAGCGACCUCGUAGACUGCACCAGUCUGAAGCAGAGGUAAUUCACAGAUUUCGUCUUUGUUUUGAGCCAAAGACAUUCAUUUUGUUGUAUCUGUUGUUGUUGCAUCUGAAAAACUCUGGGACUGCUUUUUCGCCUCGAGCCAACGUUUGUCUACAUUGUCUGUGUUUAUCUACAUGGAUUAAUUGCAUAACACAUUCCUAAUAGAGAAUCCUGUUUUCAGUAUUAAUUAAGCAUUAAUGACCAAGAGGGAGAAGAGGGAGCCACUAAAAUGAGAUGUGUACAAGUUGUAAAGAAUGGUGAGACAUUUCAACACUGUCAGCAGUGUAAGAAUGAUCAGUUUUAAACUCCAAGCACAGUGCAAUUAUUAAGACCAAUUAUCUAAUGGUCUAAUUUAGUUUACAGUUUACAUGACUGAAAAAUAUUUUGAAUGUCUUUCUGUUUACACUUUUAAGAUAUUUAUGUUUUACAUUUCAGAUUUUAUACUAUGCUCAAACAUACAAAUUAUCAAGGGUUUAAAUGUUUGGACCUAAUCCAGUUUAACUCCAGUUAAAUGAUUUUAAAUAGUUAAAAAGUUGGUUUGCCAUUUUUAAUUGCACUAUAAAUAUUAAUUUAUUUAUUUUCAAGCUUUUCUAAUUUAAUUGCAUCAUUUUAGUGUCUGUUAAUUUUAUUGUAAUGGAUUAUUUUUAUUUGUAUUUAUUCGGUUUUCAUGAUCAGUUCUUUACUACAGUGAGUAUUUGUUUUUUAAUUUAUCAAUCUUGAGUGUUAAAGGUUAACUUUGGUAUUUUUUUAUAUUUUUCAGCCUGGAUACUAUUCACCCAGUUAGAUGUGAAAAUAUGCUGCCUGUACACUCCUUUCCUUUUUUUUUUUUUUUUUUUUUUUUU